GUCAUGUAUAGUUCUAUAUACGGUGGCCAAAUAAUUAUUGUAUCAUCACCACAUCGYUACAUUUUUUGAAGAACACUGUUCUUAAUAAUGCUCAAUUUUAAAUUCAAUCGCCAUCUAAAGCUUAUAUUAUGCACUUGUUUAAUGUCAGGCCAUACGUUUGUUGUCGGAUGUUCUUUCGUAUUCUCGUCUAUUAUUCUGUCUAAAUUAAAAGAACCGACGUCUACGAUAAAAAUUGAUACUGAAGAUUCCUCAUGGAUAGGUUCGGGAACGUGUGUAUAUUUGUACUUGGCUGAGGUAUGCCCUACCAAGUUUCGGCCACUGUACUUCUCGGUGGUCAUCGUGUUCGUGGGAAUGGGAAUGGUGGCCGAGAGCGUGAUGUCCUUGUACAUCGAUUGGCGGACCGUGUCACUGAUACUGUUCGUGGUCAGCACCGUCAAUUGCGGGUCGCUGUUUCUAGUGCCAGAGACACCUAUGUGGCUCCGGACCCGCGGCCGAUCUCGGGAAGCGGACGCGGCCGAAGCGUGGCUUUGCAUGGAACCGGCAAACGUCCCGGCGUCGGCCGUGGCACCGGUCAGCGGAAUGACGGCCAAUGGCGACGACCACCUAUGCAGCGAAUAUGGCACCACGGCCACGGRCAAACCGAUCAGUGCUGCGUACUGGACGCUGUUCACCGGACCAACUGUCUGGAAGCCGACUUUGAUAACUACGCUGUUCUUUAUCUGCCAGCAAGGUAGUGGGUUCUACGUGCUGCUGUUCUACUCGGUUGACAUACUUCAUGACUGCCGCGUCCAGUGGGAUGGCGUCACCGUCACCGCAUUUUUGUCCCUGUCCCGAGUCAUCGGUAGCGUGAUCUACGCCAUGCUGCACCACGUCCGCCGGAAGACACUGGUCGUCGUGUCCGGCGGUGGCAUGGCCCUGUCGCUGACCGUCAUCAUACUUUACAUGCGCAUGUACAAAGAUGUGGCCACGCCACCUUAUGGCGAGGUCCUCGUGUUUGCUUUUAUCACCUACGUGUUCUUUGCCCUGUUGGCCAUACUCCCAAUGCCCUGGGCCCUUUGUGGAGAGGUUUGA